CAUUUUCCAAUUUUUGCCCCGCGCCUGCAAAAAAAUAUCCUUUCUGCCCACCGAUAAGCGCUUAUCAAGCGGCGGCGAACCAAAUUCUCCCACUCUAGGAUUUUUAAGAGUCACUGAAUAUCAUUCAUUUUCACCCAAACAACACCAUCAAAUUUCACACGACAUCGUUGCCCAACAUGUCGAUGGAUCUGGAUGACCAGCCUAUCUCUAUAGCCCCUGCCACUCAGCAGCAGGGCGCUGCUACUAUUCUUUGCUGCAACUGCGGUGCCCCGAUCGAUGGAACCGCCUCCAGCGGCGCUCUCUGCUACGACUGUAUCAAGCUUACCGUCGACAUUUCCCAAGGCGUCCAGCGAGAGGCGACGCUCAACUUCUGCCGAGAUUGCGACCGAUGGCUCAUGCCCCCCAACAGCUGGAUCGUUGCCGCCCCCGAAUCCCGCGAAUUGUUAGCCAUGUGCCUCAAGAAACUUCGAGGUUUGAACAAAGUCCGUAUCGUGGACGCGAGCUUUAUCUGGACCGAGCCUCACUCGCGACGAGUAAAGGUCAAGAUCACAAUCCAGGAUUCCGUCCAAGAUGGUAUGCUGCUUCAACAGAGCUUCGAGGUUGUCUAUGUGGUGGCGUACCAGCAGUGCCCUGAGUGUGCCAAGUCGUACACUGCCAACGUUUGGCGAGCUGCUGUUCAAGUUCGACAAAAGGUCCUUCACAAGCGAACUUUCCUCUUCCUCGAGCAGCUUAUUAUGAAGCACGGCGCACACAAAGAUACACUCAACAUUCGGGAGGCCAAGGAUGGCAUCGACUUCUUCUUCGCCCAAAAGAACCAGGCCGAGAAGUUCAUCGACUUCCUCAACUCUGUGGUGCCUGUCAAGGUGAAGGCGUCGCAGGAGCUCAUCUCUCACGAUACCCACACCUCCAAGUCCUCGUACAAGUUCACAUAUUCGGCCGAGCUGGUGCCUAUAUGUAAGGACGACUUGGUCGCUCUGCCUAUCAAGAUGGCCAAGCAGAGCGGCAACAUCUCACCUCUCCUCCUCUGCCACAAGAUUGGUACCUCUGUGUACCUGUUGGACCCUCAGACUCUUCAGACUUGCGAUAUCAGCUCACCCAUCUAUUGGCGAGCUCCUUUCCUAUCACUCACUGAUACACAUGAACUCGUUGAGUUCAUUGUCAUGGAUAUCGACCGCACAACAACCCAGAAGGGCAAGUGGACGCUUGCCGAAGCCACAGUCGCUCGUGCCUCAGAUCUUGGCUCAAAUGACCGAACAUACUUCACAAGGACUCAUCUGGGCCGACUCCUCCAGCCUGGUGAUUCUGCUAUGGGUUACCUGCUGGCCGGAACCGUUUUCAACAACACCGAAUACGAGAAGAUCGAGAGCUCCAAUACAUACUCAUCGAGGAUCCCUGACGUGGUGCUAGUCAAGAAGCACUAUCCCCGUCGCAGAAAGAACCGCAAGAGAAACUGGCAGCUCAAGCGUAUGGACAAGGACGAGGGCGAGCUUCUUCCCAAGAAGGCAGACCAAGAACGCUUGGAUCAAGAGUACGAGCAGUUCUUGCGAGAUGUCGAGGAAGACGAGGAGCUCCGUGCUACGCUCGCCCUGUAUAAGGCUAAGAAGAGAGCCGAGGAGGAGAUGAGUGUGGCUGAGACCGAGGAGGACGAUGAGGCACCUCACGUUGAUAUGAAUGAGUUGCUGGAUGACUUUGAUGAGCUUACAAUGGAGGAUCGGCCAAUGCAAGAAUAGGACUUACAUGAAUGAAAAGAACUGAUUUGAUUUCCAAGCAAUGAGGCCCUGUUGGACCGCUGUUGAGAUUUCGUGAUAGUGAACAUGCUCAGAGGAAUGAAGGGAUAUCGUCAAGUGAUGGUUUAGAGGCUAUUUUCUCUUCCGUUUUGCGGAACUGUUCCCUUGACUUUUGGCGUUGAAUCCUUCGUUUGUUGAUCCCAAAAGGAUCAUCGUCAUCGAUAUCUUCUUGAGUAUCUCGGCUUUUGCUUAUCUUACGUGCUUGUGCUUGGCUUCCUCCAGGUGCUGUUGUUGGUCGCUUGACGCUAGAGCCCGGCCGCGAAGUUGUGUUCAUAGCUGACUUCAGUGAGCGAGGAGU